GCCGGAAGUUCAGAUGUCUCUCCACAUCAAGGAUUUUAGUCGCUUGUUGUCGCUGUGUCCAUGGAAAGUUUGUGUGUGUUUUUUUCCUUCCUGAAAGUUUACGCAGGGCUGUUGCGCGCAUCCAACAUGACAGAGAAAGUAACGGACAUCACGGCUGGCAGUGAUUCCCUGCUGUGCUGGUUCCUGCAAUGAAUGGUAACACUGUCCAGCAGACCACAAGCACUGCACCGUCCAUAGCGCCUCCUUGUGGAUGGAGGGAGUUCUGCGAGUUGCAUGCCAGCACCACGGCCCGAGAACUUGCCCAGCACUACCGGCGCUUCGUCAGAGAGCGGCCGGUGCAGGAUGUGGUCCCGCCAGAAAGUUUCUCAAAGCAGUUCAGCGCUCUCUUCCAGCACCACUUCAGCUGUGAGGUGGCUAAAGAUGCAGAACCUGCCCUGUGGCCUCCACUGCCUCCUCCUUUGCUGCCCAUGACUGGCCGCUUACGCAUCACUUCCUUCUCAGGGGUGCUGGAUUACCGGGAGACUGCGCGGCCAGGAAUGACUCCAUUAGUUGCCGUGUUGGCACCCAAACCAGAUGCUGCCAUCGUCCCUAGAGAACAGGAGCAGUUGCUGCGAUGCUCUCCCGCAGACACUACACACAGAACGCGGCAUCAUAGCCAGGAAGACGAACACCUAGAGCAGAGGACCGGGUCUGAACGAUACUCACCCACUUUGUUUUCCUUCCCUUCCCGUAGUGAUGUAACCAACUUUUCCGUCAGGGGAUUUCGAGAAAGCGUAUGCCGAUUCUUUAAGAAAUCCCCCCAAACUGAUGAACCUUCAGGUAGCCCAAGGGACGAUUCAAUCAAGGGGGGCGGACCCUCAGCGACUGUUGAAUGCACCCCUCAAACCCCACCUCAGACUGUGCAGGUACCCGCCCAUCACACCUCGCAGAAGGGUGCGCGGUGGGAACGAUGGAAUCUGUUACGAACUGUGAGACGGAGGCAAGAGACAGGAAGUGUUUGUAAAGAGGGGCAGCUGCGGUACCUGGAGGUGGAUGACACUAUCUCAGACACACCCCCGCAUUGGCUGCGCUGCCACCUGCAGGUCAGGAGGAUCAACGAGCACACCGCUAGUGAGAGGUACCAGCUGGAGCUCUACGACCCACCCAAGGACUACAGAACGCCAAAGCUCACCGUACCCUGUUCAGACAUCCAAGAGAUUCGACGCUGUAAUCGCCUAGAGAUGCCAGACAACAUGAACACAUUUGUCUUAAAGGUUACUGGUCAUGCGGGUAGUUUUCUCUUCGAGGCUGAUAAUGAGCAGCAGGUGAGCUCUUGGACCACGGAGCUCAGAGAAUGCAUCUCCAGCAGGUCAGAUAGUGUGGAUGGAGAAGCGUUUCCUGUCAGCGACUCGCUCAACGCAGCUCGCAGAGGGAGUACAGAGCCCAGCGGCCAGGGCUCUCUGGGUUUUGGACUCUCAGAGCACACCUAUAAUAAAACGGAUCACUUCCUGUCCUCUUACCCAUGGUUCCAUGGGCCCAUAUCACGUGUGCGAGCUUCCUACCUUGUACAGCAUGCCGGGUUCAGCGGUCAUGGGAACUUCCUGGUGAGACAGAGCGAGACGCGGAGAGGAGACUACGUCCUCACAUUUAACUACCAGGGCAGAGCAAAGCAUUUGCGUCUAUCUUUAACUGAAUGGGGUCAGUGUCGUGUGCAGCACCUGCGUUUCCCAUCAGUCAUGGACAUGCUGAGUCACUUCCGCAACUGUCCGAUCCCGCUGGAGUGCGGCGCCGCAUGCGAGGUUAUGCUGGCCAAUUAUGUGCGGGUAAACGUCACUCACACAGGUCAGAGUUCGGCUGUCGGCUCUCCGGUAUUGGUGCCCUUCUCUCGCUGGAGCUCAGAGCCAAGUCUGCUUCACUGUAGUCCGGAUUCAUGCCCUCACUCCAGCCCCUCCACAGCCCAGUCGUCAGCAUUAUCCGCGCUCCCGCAUCACACGCCCUCUUCGUUUCCAGACCGCCCCGUUCCCGUCCCCCUGCGCCGGAGCGAGUCGGUGGGCCGCAGAAACCUGCUCCGCCACCCCAACCCGCUGCCGCCCCUACUGGCCAACCGAGACUCUGACUACGAACUGGAGCCGCCCGACAGGGGGCGCAAGAGAGCCAUCGACAACCAGUACAUGUUCUUCUGACAGAGACAGAGGUUGAAAAAGAACAAAAGAAGUAACAGAGGAAAAAUGCUCCAGAAUUCCCAGCCAGACGGAGAGCAUCCGGUAGCCAAACGGAGAAAGGAGUUGUGUGAGAUUGCGCACGAGACUCAGGAUUGAGGCACCUGUGCGUGAACGAUACUGCCGUAGACCUGCCGUGUGUCUACCGUGUGAAUGUAUUAUACAGAUGUGUCACUAUCAAAUCGGUGUGUGUUGUAGAAUAGCUCAGAGGAGUUGCUGGAUGGGAACAUUGCGCGAUGGCUGGUCAGUAAGUGGAACACAAACCAAGAGUGGAGUCAAACAUGUCCGUGUCUACACUGGAAGCGGACAUCGCGACAACUUGAGGCCGUCUACACUGGAUACAUUCACAAUCAGCUGCAAUCUCAAGGCUAGACUUUAGUAAUCGAUGAUUACUAAAAUGAAAAUAAAAUCAGUUCGUCGAUCAGACAAAAAAAAAGUGAUUAAUUUUCUAACUAAAUACUUUAUUAAAUUUGAUUUUGCAUGUAAUUCAUUUGAUAACAAAUUUUACGUUCGUAUUCUUACAACUGCAUAUGAAGAAUUCAUUUGCAAAAACAGAUUCUCAAAAAUUCUCAAAAAUUGUUUUUUCAUUGUGCAUUCCAAUUAAUCUCAGUCAGUCUGCCAUUAGGUUAUUUUGAUUAGGUUAAAAAAUACAGCUAACACAAUUAAAUUUUUUUACAAAACAGAGUUAUCUAGUUAUCUUAAGUAAAUUAACAAAAUUAUCCAAAAUAGAAUUUGAUUUUGCAUAUGAUUAACCAUAUCAUUAAUUUUACAACUGCAUUUUCAUAUGGUCGGAAAACAAAAAUGUUUUAAGUAAGUUUCAGCAAUUAAGACAAAUAGCAAUAUAAUCAGACAGGAAAAAAAAUCUUUAUUUUUAAUAUAAAAUUACAAAAUAAAUUUUUCAUGUGAAUAAUUUUAUAGUUAAUAUUAUGUUAGUAUUCCUAAAACUGCAUAGAUAUAUGGAUACAUACAUAAUCAUGUGAGAUCAGAAACAUCAUGAGCUUUUUUUUAAUUAUUAUUAUUAAAAUCACUUCAUUUUCUAUGUGUCUUGAGUCAGAAAUGGAGAAAUGGGGUGUCCACAUCAGGGGCUCACAGUGUAGACGGCUCCGGAGUCAUUUAGUUUUGUCGCAGGUGUCUGGUGUAAAUACGGUGGUAAACAUCCAAAAGAUUCGAAUCGUUUUCAGUCUGGUUGCACACACACACACACACACACACACACUUUCAAAUUGUUUAUUUCAUGUUCAUUUGUAGUAAUACACAGGUUUCUUUGUUUUGCUAUGUAAUAAAUAAAUAAUAAUAAUAAUAUAGAUCGUUGAACCACAGUUUUACAGUCAACACAGCGAGUCUUGUUAUCUUGGAUUCUAGAGGUUUACAAUUUCAUCUGACCAAAGAGUAAAAUUAACCAAAUCAGACCAGCAGUACGAUUUGUUUUAUGCCUCAAUAAUGAAUUUGUUUUACCCUGUGAAUUCAUUCUUUCUGUCUGCUUUAACACAUUUUAACCUGUUUCACAGCUUCAUUAGCUGUGUAAAUACUACUUUUAAACUAACAGCAGCCAAAUCUGACACCCUAAAUAGUUGAUUUUAAGCUAUUUAUCCAUUGUUUUUCAGUAAGUGUAUUACAAAAAAAACAAACUCUUUUUGAAUCAUUGUGAAUGUCUAUAUUUGUGGCUUAACACUACCACAAUAAUCAAAUCUGUAUCAAGUGCAGACACCCAAGUAUUUCUCAUUCAUACAUAAUUUGGCGAAUCUCACAUUUCACCAAGUCAAAAGAAAAAAAUAGAAUUAAAAUAAUGCCUAAUUAUUCAUAUAUAUAUAUAUAUAUAUAUAUAUAUAUAUAUAUAUAUAUAUAUAUAUAUUUCUAAAUUAAUUUAGGACCAUAAAUUUGUUUCAGUAUUCAUGAUUAUUUCCAUGUUUCAAUAUUACUAUACAGUAAUUUUAUUUGAAUUUUUUGAAUAUAAAUUUAUAUAAAUAUAUAUAAGUAAAUAUAUAAAAUUUGAAUAUAUUAUAUAUACAGUGGGUACAGAAAGUAUAUAGACCCCCUUAAAUUUUUACUCUUUGUUAUAUUGCAGCCAUUUGCUAAAAAUCACAUAUUGACAGAAAAACAUUUUUGCACAUUUAUUAAAAAAGAAAAACUGAAAUAUCACAUGGUCCUAAUUAUUCAGGCCCUUUGCCUGAAUUAGUAUUAGUAUUUAGUAGAAGCACUCUUUUGAUCUAAUUCAGCCAUGAGUCUUUUUGGGAAAGAAGCAACCAGUUUUUCACACCUGGAUUUGGGGAUCCUCUGCCAUUCCUCCUUGCAGAUCCUCUCCAGUUCUGUCAGGUUGGAUGGUAAACGUUGGUGGAUAGCCAUUUUCAGGUCUCUCCAGAGAUGCUCAGUUGGGUUUAAGUCAGGGCUCUGGCUGGGCCAUUCAAGAACAGUCAGGGAGUUGUGGUUAGGCCACUCCUUCAUUAUUUCAGCUGUGUGCUUCGGGUCAUUGUCUUGUUGGAAGGUGAACCUUUGGCCCAGUCUGAGGUCCUGAGCAGUCUGGAGAAGGUUUUCGUCCAGGAUAUCCCUGUACUUGGCCACAUUCAUCUAUCCCUCGAUUGCAAUACUUACGACCAUGUGAUAUUUAAGUUUUUCUUUUUUAAUCUUCAAAAAUGUCAACGAUUCUGUGUUUUUCUGUCAAUAUGGGGUGCUGUGUGUACAUUGUGGGAAAAAAAAAUAACUUAAAUGAUUUUAGCAAAUGGCUGCAAUAUAACAGAGUGAAAAAUUUAAGUGAAUCUGAAUACUUUCCGUACCCACUGUAUAUAUUAUUAUUUUUCUUUUUUUAUGGUCGGAGAGAAUUACAGGAAGCAUUACAAUGCUAAAUAAAUAAUAAUGGUCCUAGGCUUCAUUCAGUAUAAUAUUUAUUUUUUUCUUCUUGUUGUGGGGUGAAAGGUUUUGUGAGUUUCAAUUAAUGAUCCAAAGCAAGAAAGCUUUAUAUACUUUCUCCUUCUCUUCUGCUUUGCUGCAGAAUCCGGUCUGUGCUACAAUACGUUCUGUUCUUGCUCUUCAGAUCUUUAUCAGCCAUUUCUUCUUCGUUUUUCAACAAGCCUCGAUACCACAAAGAACCGUUUCAUAAUCCUCUAUGUGGCAAGGAACAGGCGACCACAUUCUACACUCUACACAAAUAUCUAUAUUUUUUUAACAUGAUAUGAAAGUGUGAACUGUACCUGUGUAUCACUACCUCACAUUGCAUUGUGGACUGUUUUUUUUUUUAAUGAUUGGACGGUGUUUGAGAGCAGCAUUGAGCAAAUGGAGUUAGACCAUUGGUUUUCUUAAUUACUUGUGUCGUUGACGUGCACGUCCACUAAUAAGUGAUGUGUUCAAUCAGCAAAGUGUUGUUUAAAUGACUGCUGCUUUGCAAAUGACCCGGAAUGUCUUUUUGUAAUUAUAUAAAACACUUGUACGUUGUUUCUAACAUGAUUUGUAAUAUGUACAGAUUAAAUUUCAUAAGUCUGACUCGAUCAGAAAAAAAAAAACUAAAACAAUAUAAAACAACUGCAUUGUCUGGUAAUGAAUUUCUUCCUCCACUCGGGUCAUGUUGACAAAGUGCAUCUCAAAAGUCAUUUGUGUUGUUCUAUAGUGACUGAAAUGGGCCGAUGUGAUCCUGGAGCAGUGUUGUGCGUGUUGAGAUGCUUUGUACAUGCAUGCUCCGAACCGCACCACUUUGCUUCAGAGACGCAUCUGAGGGCCCUCAAAGUUCAGCUGAUGAAUGUAUGUCUUCUCUUUCUAUACUGUUGUUAUUAUGAGACGUAUAAGAGCACUGUAAACCCCUGGGCUUCACCCUCAGCUAGUUUAACCAUUCCAUCACAGCUUUCUGAUCAAACUUUCUAGUUACUUUCCAUGUAGCAGUAUGCAUAUUAAAUUAUAUCGACUGUAUUUUUGAUCUUUUUUUUUUUUAAAGAAAAAAAUAAAGUUAAUGUUUCAAUCCA